AUGUCUCAGCAUCCAGGGAGUGGUAGACUCAGCGUCUCCAUUAUAGGCGGGGGGAUCGCAGGUCUUUCAGCAGCAGCGUUCCUCCGCAAGCAUGCGCAGCUCAGCAUCACGAUCUACGAACGGCGAGAAGCGGGUUUUUCGGAGACCUCGGCUGGAAUUGGAGUCAUGAAAAAUGGAAUCGCCAUUCUGAAACAGCUCGGAAUUGACAGAGAGGAGGUACGCGGCGUGAUCGCGGCUGGGUGGCGGACGUACAACCUCCAGGAGGAGGAGGUGAGUACGUCGCUAGCAGGGGACGGCCCAGAUGGUGAAGGCAAUGUGUGGGCCAUAUUCAGACAAGAUCUGAGAGAUGCACUUCUCAGAAUAGUUGAAGAUGUAAAAGGCGAUGAGCAGCCUGUCAAGGUGGUGUAUCAAAGCCGAGUCGUGGGGCUUGAUCCUGAGGCGGGGCUUGUUCAGUUUGCCGAUGGAACAUCGGUCAAAUCAGACCUCAUCAUCGGUGCUGACGGAAUACAUUCCAUCGUUCGCGACGCGGUGAUUCCUUCGACACACCCAGUACCGGCUCCCAGCGGCCUGAGUCUGUAUCGCUUCGUUCUCCCCAUGAACACCGUCAAGAAUGCUAUUGGCCAAGACCAUGAGCAGCCAGCCAUGUUCGAUUACAGCAGAGGUACAUUUGUCAUCUUCAUUGCUGCCGGUGACGAAGGCAAUCGCAAUGUCGUUAUGUAUCCAAUCCGCGGGUACGAAUUGAUGAACAUUGCCUUUGCUGUGCCGGACGGGAUACUGAGAGACCCGGACCAGCUUCAUUACUCUUGGAACGCAUCUGGUAGCAAAGAAGAGAUGAUAGAGGCUCUUCGCGGAUUUCCCGAUUGGCUUCAGCGGGUAUUUAGGUGA